GUGUAAAAUACGACUGUCUUUACCAAAAUACUCAGACGAAUGGGAGCGUCAGUGUAAAUUAGAUGAUAUAACUUGUUCGCACGAAAAACCGCAACAACAACGCUUUCCGCGAAAUAAGAACAAACCAUGGUUAAAGAUCGAAUGGAGGAAUUGAAAAGGUUGUGCAAUAGCCAACAAAAUAACUUGAGAGACACAGUUAUCGAUAUUAAAGCCAACAAAGUGGAAUUACAAAUUGAAAAUAUUCUCAGUGAAUACACAACAAUCAGACAAUGGCUCCAAAUAAUUCGGGAAAACAUCGAAACAAUGAAAGGAUACAUACGUGAAAUGUCUCAAACAUUUCAAUCAUCGUCACAAAAAUCGUUGCCGGAAAAUAUGGAGAAGCUGCGAUUGGAAAAUAUGUCUCUAUGUCAACGGGUCUAUUCUCACAUGAAAGAACACGAAAUUGAUUUGCCAAAGUCCGAGGACACCAGUGUGAUUGCUCGAGUGAAACGAUUACAUUUUUAUUCGGUUCGAGAGGACUUUAUUGGCGUUUGGAAGCGCCACGAACAAUUUUUAGCCGAGUAUGAAGAACGUGUAAAGAAGACAAUUCAGCGUCAAGCAAAAAUUGUUGAUGCAUAUAUUACGGAAGAGGAAACCGAAGCAUUAAUUGCUGCAAAUAACACUGGUUCAUUUUUUGUUGGCAAUCUCCUUGAACAAACCGAAACAGAGCGUAACAAAUUACGCGAGUUGCUCGUACGGCAUUCCGAAUUGGAGAAGGUGGAGAGAUCAUUGAUCGAAGUACGCGACAUGUUUCUAAGAAUUUCCGCUUUGGUCAUCGAACAGAGCCCUCUGAUAUCGCAAGUUGAAUACUUUGCGCAACAAGCCACCCUCAAUAUUGAUAAGGGUGCAGCAAAACUCGAAAAAGCACGUGAAAUGAAAAUCAAACGAAUGAAGUGGAAAAUCUGGUUUUUGUUCUGGUUGGCCGUUAUUUUAACCGUGAUUAUUCUUAUUCUAAUAUUUGUCGAUUAAUAUAAUAAUAUGAAAUUCGAAAUAUAUUUUUUGUGUAUAUUUAACUCUAA